AUCAAUGGAUUUGUGCACUGCCCUUGCAAGCAAGGUAGUAAAGGCCACAUCAGCAGCAGCUCAUGCUGUUACCAGAUGUGAUGCAACGCUUCUCCAUGUCCAUGCUAGAAGACUAGUUGCUGAUGCUGGCAAUGAUGAUGCAGCAGCAUUGGCAGCUCUAGAUGCUUGUGUCCGAUGUGACGCUGCAUCUUUGGCAGCUCUAGAGGCUGCUACCUGCUGUGAAUCAGCAGCUGCAGAAGCUGGUGAACACCAUCGUGCAGCCGCAACUCGGGCAGCUGAAGCCGCUCGUGUAGCUGCCGCUCGAUGUGAUGAGGAUGGUGCUGCUGCAGCAUCCCAAGCAGCAAAUGCCUUUGCUGACAUCUGUGUCGCGGCAUGUGGCGAUGCAGAAAGACUAACAUUGGCGGCUGGAGAAGCUGCUGCCCGCUGUGUUGUGUCACGUGACGAUGCGGCAACGGCAUUAUUGGUAGCUCAAGAGGCUGCUACAUGGCGCCGUCGCAAGGCAUACAGAGAAUCUGCUGACUCCCAUAAGGAAGCACGUAAAGAUGCAGUCGCAGAAGCGUUGGCUGUUCGAGAAGGCUCGGUUCGCUGUGCCGCGGCAAGUCGCCGUGCUGUAUUAGCGGCUUCGAUAGCUCGAAAGAUUGCUUCCCGCUGUGAGGCAACAGGUGCUUACGGAGCAAUGGCGACGGCAGCGACAGCUCGAGCAGCUGCUGACCGUUGUGUUGCAGCGCGUAUCGAUGCACCCGCAGCUGGCGACGAUGAUGCCGACGCUGCCGCCGACCUCGCUGUGCCCCUUGCCGAUGCUGCAGCGUUGAAAGCAAGGGAAGCUGCUAGCGUUUGUGAUUUGGCACUUGCCGAUCCAAGAGCAGAUGCUGAAAAAGAGUUUGUGGACAAGAUGCGUGGUUGGCUCAUGACGGUCGCCGCGCUCUUUGUUGGCAUAGCAUUCCAGGCAUUGCUGCAUCCGCCAGACGGGAUGUCCUUUCACAGAUGUGACAUUUUAAGUAAAAAUGCUUGGAAAUGGAAGGAAUCUUCUGCUGCUCCUGCUCCUGCUCCAUCUUCUGCAGCAACUGCGGUCAAUGUCACGUCCCCCCGUGAAGCCUGGCGUUUGUUCGUUCUUUUUCCGAUGGAUACUGAGAUGUUACCAUUGCGCAAAUACCUGCUGCAGCAUGCAGGAGCAUAUCUAGCUGCCGGAGAGAAGCAAUACUUCGCCAAAACAAUAGCAACAGCAGCAACAUUUAGACCAGCCAUGUCAUCAUCCAUGCCUAUUGAUGUGAUUGGCAAAUCACACCACAGGUACUGA